UUGCAUGAUUUUGAGACUGAACUUAAUGAAAUUCAAAAGACUGGGAUCGACUCGAACAAAGUAUUAAUGCAGGAUUGGAGUGAUUAUACUCCCGAAACGUUAAGAACUCCUGAAAAAAUUAAAACUGAGCUAUUAUUGUUGGAGUUAAGACAAAAACAGAGUGAAUAUCAAGAAGAGAACAAGGAAAAUUCAGAGGAAAUGUAA